CAUAUUUUCCUGGUCCAAAAAGACAAAACGCAAGACGAAGGCGGUGCCGUGAAGCUAAAAGGAAGGGAAAGUGAAAUUCGGUUGCAGAAGGAAAGAAUGUCAGAUCCGUACGGGAGAGUGAAGGGAGGGAGGCUGAGCUUCAAAGACGGAAGUCUCGCCACUCGCAAAUCCAUCGAGAAGAAGAAAAAGAAGAAGAAGCACAAGAAAGAUGAUGAAUCUCAGCCGUCCACCGCCGUCGAUGGGUCUGAUAACACAAACAACGAGGCAGGACAAACCUACACUAUCGACGCUGCUAAAAACAUGAAGUACGACGAGCUCUUCCCCGUCGAGACCAAAAAGUUCGGUUACGAUCCUAAAGCCAACGUUAAAACCGUCGAAGACGCUCUCGAUGAUCGCGUCAAGAAGAAGGCUGAUCGUUACUGUAAAUGAAACGAAACGAAACUCGCUCUCUGAGCAUCCAUCCCUAGGAGGAAACAAUCUGUUGGAAUUAUGGAAG